AUGUCUCUCGAACAGACCCUGGAACAAGAGCGAAAGGAGCUCCUGCGCAAUCUCGAUGGACUGAAGAGUCCGAAAGCUCCCCGCGCAGACAACUCCAGUCGCAUUAGCAGCGGCCGCGGCAAGAAUCUCAGUCUGCUCAGAAACAAACAAGAGAAAUCCGAGAGUGGCCGCCGGGCAUCCGUCAGCAGCCCUCUUGCCAGUUCCUCACCAUGGACCAACACCUUACUCUCAGAGUGGGACGAUGGCAUCUACGAGCCCAGCGACGAUGCAGAUGAUGUGGAACCCGAGCGACGGUCGUCGGACAGCGUGACACAUUUAAAACGCGAGAAGGAGAAGAAGCAGAGAGCGCUGAAGGAGCGGGAGGUGGACAUUGACGCGGGCUUUCUGUAUGGGAUGCAGCCGAGUGUUCCCCACAUCGUGCUUCCGCAGCGACAAGCCAGCAACCCCGCCGCCUUCGAACAACUGUCCCCGCGCUACCGCACUCCGUCUCAGUCUCAAUCUCAAUUGCAGUCUGCAUCAUAUGGUGAACCCACGAUAAAGCCACGCCGCUUCUUCAGGAAGCAUAGACUGUCCGACUCUGAACAAGGCCUGUCCGCCACCAUGGAUCACGAUGCGCCCGACUCCGUGUCCGAAGCCAGUGUCUCGCCCACCCUUUCCAAAGCCUCGCUCAACUUCAACAACGAUCCCGACCGAAGUGAACGUCUCGCCAAGGACAGAACAGAAAGCGCAGAUGAGAACUCGGAUUCUGCCGAAAGCAGCGAUGAGGCCGAUGACAUAAGCUCGGAAGAAGAAGAUGCGUAUGACAUUCGCAAAGGACCGGUCGGCCCGCGAGGGAGAAGCAAAUCGCCUCGUGGCAGGAGUAAGACGAAAGGGCUGUCACCGGGAACAUCGCCUGCUCGGUCUCCAGCUCCACCUGGUGGUUGGAGUGGGAAGAGAGGACCUGGUCCGCUUCCACUGGGCGGUCCUAGAGUAGGCGGUGCAUUGAGUUUAUUCAAUGAGUUGAAUGAAGAGGAAGAGUUGAAUGGCCCCAUCGUGACGCAUCGACGAGCCAACGGACGCAGGACAGUACUAUCACCAGGGCCUAGAAAAUCCGGCGUUCACCCACACACCAGUUUCGAUCACAAUGGAUCCGGCCUCAACACACCAGUCGGCUCCGACGAAGAAGCAGAUCUGUCAGACAUCAAACAAGCGCAAAACCUCAGUAUUCAUAUGUCUUCUGUCGAUACGACCAUUCCCGACCGAGCGAUCCGAACCAUUAUCAGAGGCGAUUUCCCUCGUUUACAGCAAGAAGCAGAAGAAGGAUUCCGACGGCAGCGCAAGUACCUUGUUGCAACGGAUCUCAGCGAGGAGUCUGUAUAUGCGCUUGAAUGGACAAUUGGCACAAUCCUGCGUGAUGGCGAUACACUAUUUGCUGUCUACGCAGUAGCCGACGAAAACGCAUCCGGCGUUGAUCUCAACACAGGUGUGCAGAUAGGCGACGGCGCAACGGUCAUCAAACACACAACUGAUAUUGUGGGCAAACAAACCGAAAAGACAGCUCAGAAGUACCAGACUUCGUCUUCGGCUACUACGAGUCUGUUACCGAAUGCUCUCGCGGCUUAUUUCAGCGGGACAGAUAGCAAGGCCAACUCGCGGAACAACUCGGUCGAUGCGCGAGCAUUGUCGAGGUCUGAGCAGGAACGUAUUCGCGCUAUUGAGGAUAUAUCGAAUACAUGUGUGCGAUUGCUAAGGAAGACGAUGCUGCAAGUCCGUGUGGCAGUGGAGGUGAUUCAUUGCAAGAGUCCGAAGCAUUUGCUCACGGAAGCUAUUGAUGGUCUCGAGCCAACACUCGUGAUCCUUGGAUCCAGAGGCCGCAGCGCUAUCAAAGGAGUUUUACUAGGCUCAUUCUCAAACUACCUCGUCACGAAAUCCUCCGUGCCCGUCAUGGUAGCCCGCAAAAAGCUCAAGAAACAUACCAAGAAUGCUCGAAUCCGACUAUCGAACAAUCUCACGACACCCAGAGGUUUGGCCGGCGCGAAGAUCGACUAA